CCCUCGGGCAGAGAGGCUACUGGCCGCGGCCCCUGCGCCCCUCGGCGGCUUUUCCCGGGCUCUGCGUUCGCGGCGUCCUACCUGAGGCCACACCCCGAAAUCAAACUCGCGGCAGGUGAAGCCGGCGCUGCACAAACAUGUAAGCGCGGCCUCCCCUCGUCGUUCCCGGCGCCUCCCGGCGGAGGGCGGGCCGGGCUCCCGCGGCCUCUCCCAGAGCUCCGGGGGCUUCCCGCUCGGCAGGCCUCGGAGGACUGGCCCGCGAAGGUCCCCAGUUCCCUCUCCUCGGUGCCUGAGAGCUCUGCCCACGGAGGAGUGAGGAGUCCGGAGAAAGAGGAGGCAGGGAAGGCGGCCCGGAGGCACCAUGUUCCGCAAGAAGAAAAAGAAACGCCCUGAGAUCUCGGCCCCACAGAAUUUCCAGCACCGCGUCCACACCUCCUUCGACCCCAAAGAAGGCAAGUUCGUGGGCCUCCCCCCACAAUGGCAGAACAUCCUGGACACACUGCGGCGACCCAAGCCCGUGGUGGACCCUUCACGCAUCACCCGGGUGCAGCUCCAGCCCAUGAAGACAGUGGUGCGGGGCAGCGCGGCGCCUACGGACGGCUACAUCUCGGGGCUGCUCAACGAUAUCCGGAAGUUGUCAGUCAUCAGUUCCAACACCCUGCGCGGCCGCAGCCCCACCAGCCGGCGGCGGGCACAGUCCCUGGGGCUGCUAGGGGAUGAGCAGUGGGCCGCCGACCCGGACAUGUACUUGCAGAGCCCCCAGUCUGAGCGCAGGGACCCCCACGGCCUCUACCUCAGCUGCAAUGGGGCCGCACCAGCAGGGCGCAGGCACGUGCCACGGCCCGAGCCACAGAGCCCGCGGGUCCUGCCCAGUGGGCUGGCCACCAAGGCACAGUCCCUGGGCCCCACCGAGUUCCAGGGUGCCCCGCAGCGCUGCCUGCAGAGCUCCCCAAACGGCACCUCGGCCGCCACGGCCGCGGGCAGGUGGGGGCCCAAGACUGCCGGGCAUGGCUCUGAGGAGGCCCGGCCACAGUCCUGCCUGGUGGGCUCGGCUGCAGGCAGGCCGGGUGGGGAGGGCAGCCCCAGCCCUAAGGCCCCGGAGAGCAGCCUGAAGCGCAGGCUGUUCCGAAGCAUGUUCCUGUCUGCUCCUGCCGCCGCCCCUCCAAGCAGCAGCAAGCCAGGCCCUCCACCACAGAGCAAGCCCAACUCCUCUUCCAGACCACUGCAGAAAGACCGCCCCCCAAGCCUGGUGGCCAAGGCCCAGUCCUUGCCCUCAGACCAGCCCGUGGGGACCUUCAGCCCUCUGGCCACCUCGGAUACCAGCAGCCCCCAGAAGUCCCUCCGCACAGCCCCAGCUGCCGGCCCUCCUCCAGGACGGUCUUCCCCGGCAGGCUCCCCCCGCACCCGGCAUGCCCAGAUCAGCACCAGCAACCUGUACCUGCCCCAGGACCCCACAGUAGCCAAGGGUGCCCUGGCUGGUGAGGAAACGGGCGUUGUGACACACGAGCAGUUCAAGGCUGCACUCAGGAUGGUGGUGGACCAGGGUGACCCCCGGCUACUGCUGGACAGCUACGUGAAGAUCGGCGAGGGCUCCACGGGCAUCGUCUGCCUGGCCCGGGAGAAGCACUCGGGCCGCCAGGUGGCCGUCAAGAUGAUGGACCUCAGGAAGCAGCAGCGCAGGGAGCUGCUCUUUAAUGAGGUGGUGAUCAUGCGGGACUACCAGCACCUCAACGUGGUGGAGAUGUACAAGAGCUACCUGGUGGGCGAGGAGCUGUGGGUGCUUAUGGAGUUCCUGCAGGGCGGGGCCCUCACAGACAUCAUCUCCCAAGUCAGGCUGAAUGAGGAGCAGAUUGCCACUGUGUGCGAGGCCGUGCUGCAGGCCCUGGCUUACCUGCACGCCCAGGGUGUCAUCCACCGGGACAUCAAGAGCGACUCCAUCCUGCUGACCCUCGACGGCAGGGUGAAACUCUCGGACUUUGGAUUCUGUGCACAGAUCAGCAAAGAUGUCCCUAAGAGGAAGUCCCUGGUGGGAACCCCCUACUGGAUGGCUCCUGAAGUGAUCUCCAGGUGUCUGUAUGCGACUGAGGUGGAUAUCUGGUCUCUGGGCAUCAUGGUGAUUGAGAUGGUAGAUGGAGAGCCACCCUACUUCAGUGACUCCCCAGUGCAAGCCAUGAAGAGGCUCCGGGACAGCCCCCCACCCAAGCUGAAGAACACUCACAAGGUCUCCCCAGUGCUGCGAGACUUCCUGGAACGGAUGCUGGUGCGAGACCCCCAGGAGAGAGCCACGGCCCAGGAGCUCCUGGACCACCCCUUCCUGCUGCAGACAGGGCUGCCCGAGUGCCUGGUGCCCCUGAUCCAGCUCUACCACAAGCAGGCCUCCACCUGCUGAGCCCAGCCCCAGAAUGCACCUGCCACCUGUGCCCGCGGGCAGGGGACACUGGGCCACCAACUUGCCAACAGGGCCUGGCUGCCUGCCUCAUUCUCUCAGUAUUCUCUCCAAAGAUUGAAUGUGAAGCCCCGACCCUGCCCUCCUGCCCCUCAGCCCACUGGGCCAGGCCGGACCUGCCCCUCAGUCACUUUCCCUCCCAACAGUCCCCAGUUGCCUUUGGGAUGAUGGAGACCCCUUCUGCAGGAUGACCCUUUGUUAUUUGCACAGGGAUAUUUCUAUGAAACAUGGAGACCAGUGCUUCUGGCCACUGUGGCCAACACAGCAGAAAAGGCUGCUGUGGUUUUUUAUUUUAAAGUAGUAGUACACGAGCAUCCCAGGUCACCCAAGAGGCAGACUGCCUGUCUUCAUCAGGAUGCUUGCUGUUCUCAGCUCCAAUUCCAAAUCCUGGGGUCUGAGAGGACCACAGGGAAGGUGUUUAUUGCCUGACUCCAUCUCCCUCCCUUGUGUCUGACUUCCUGAAGGCACAGUCCCACCUGCACCUGCUUCCCGACCCACCUGUGCUGACAACACACUCCCUGCACAGCCCGCGCCCAACUGUGAACAGCCUGCUCAGAAGCCGGGAGGGGGAGGGGAAUUUUCUGGGUGAAAGAGGAAGAAGGCAGCUGGUGGUAAAGUGGUCUCACUUUACAGGAUGCGUGUGCGCGCACGCAUGUGUGUGUGUGUGUGUGUGUGUGUGUGUGUGUGGUGUGGAGGAAGGUCACCCAUGGCUGUCUUUGCUUAGGCUUCUCCAUCUUCUCUCCCACUAAGCUCUGCUCUGAAGGUGACCUGCUUCCUUGGCCUGGUUUCCCACCUCUUAAGUCCCGGGGUUCUACCUGACCAGUGAAGAGGUCUGUAUUGAGUCAAACACAUCCUGGGGGCCUGGCCGGUUUCCGAGUUUCUCCUGUACUGUGGAAUCUGAGAGCCAGGGACCAGAAUGGUGAGGGAACAAACUUGCUGCACCUGUGAGCUUCAUCUCAACAACCAGGUCCUCGGGGACCCGCUCUUCUUUUGUGUGCUUGGGGGACCUGUUCUUUUCAAAAUCCUGGUCUGGGAGAGGUGAACCAGCUCCCGAUUCCAUCAUGUCACUGGAACGGGCACCCAUUUGUGCGAACCUGCCCCUAGCUGCCUCCUCAGACACCUGUCUCCUUGUCCUCCUCCCCUGCCCACCUUCAGGGCUGUUGUGAGACAGGGAAUCCCAGGGAAGAACUCCAGGUGUCUGGACCCUAUCUAGAUAAUAUUUUUAGAUUCCUCUAUCCCUAGGUGGCCUGCUUUGGGGCAAAAAAAAAAAAAAAAAAAAAAAAU